UGCCGCGCGUGUUUCAGCUAGGGGUCCGGGCGAGGGUUUAGAAGCUGCGCGGGGCUGUGCGGUGUCCCCAGCGCCCAAGGCGCGCGGUCUCUAUUUGACGCUCGCUGCUGAAUGCGUUGUCUCCGUUCCACCCUUUCGGGGAGCGGGAAGCAGAGGUUCCGUGGGGACAGAGCCCGUGAAGGAGGGGGGAGCCAGCGGGGGGCUCUGGAGCGCCUGAGGGCAGGGCUGCGGCCCGGACGAGGGUAGGAGAGGAGAGGGUCCCCGCGGGCAGGGUCCGCAACGCGCUGUGAUCAGAGCCGGUCCCGAGGAGGGCGUGGGGCGGCCGCGCCAUGUUCGGGGCCCGGUACCUGCUCCGAGCCCUGCGCUCCUGUUCCUCGACUCCCUGCCCAAGGCACAGACCUUCAGCCAAACUGAGCGUGCGGGACGCUCUCGGGGCCCAGAACGCAAGCGGGGAGCGCGUUACGGUCCAGGGAUGGAUUCGUUCGGUCCGAUCCCAGAAAGAAGUUUUGUUCCUGCAUGUAAAUGAUGGGUCAUCUUUGGAAAGCCUUCAGGUUGUAGCAGAUUCAAGCUUUGAUAGUAGAGAGCUGGCUUUUGGGAGUUCUGUGGAAGUUCAAGGGCAGCUGGUAAAAAGUCCGUCCAAAAGGCAAAAUGUGGAACUGAAGGCAGAAAAAAUUGAAGUUGUUGGAAAUUGUGAUGCGAAGGCUUUCCCUUUUAAAUAUAAGGAGAGGCAUCCUCUGGAGUAUCUGAGACAAUAUCCUCACCUUAGGUGUAGGACUAAUGUUCUGGGUUCUAUACUGAGGGUUCGCAGUGAAGCCACAGCUGCUAUCCAUUCUUUCUUUAAGGACAGUGGCUUUGUGCAUAUUCAUACUCCAGUAAUCACAUCCAAUGACUGUGAGGGCGCUGGAGAACUUUUUCAAGUUGAACCUUCAAGCAAAAUAAAGGUACCCGAAGAGAAUUUCUUCCAUGUUCCUGUUUUCUUAACUGUCUCGGGACAGCUUCAUCUAGAAGUGAUGUCAGGAGCUUUUACUCAAGUGUUUACCUUUGGUCCAACAUUCCGAGCAGAGAAUUCUCAGAGCCGGAGACACCUGGCAGAGUUUUAUAUGGUAGAAGCAGAAAUUUCUUUUCUUGAGAGCCUUCAAGAUCUCAUGCAGGUUAUGGAGGGCCUCUUCAAGACUACAACAGUGACAGUUCUCUCAAAUUGUCCUGAAGAUGUUGAACUCUGUCACAAAUUCAUAGCUCCUGGUCAAAAGGACAGAUUAGAACAUAUGCUAAAAAACAACUUUCUAAUCAUUUCUUACACUGAGGCAGUGGAAAUCUUAAAGCGGGCAUCCCAGAACUUCACCUUCACUCCAAAGUGGGGUGCUGAUCUACACACUGAACAUGAAAAGUACCUGGUGAAGCACUGUGGCGACAUACCAGUCUUUGUCAUUAAUUAUCCAUUAGCACUCAAGCCGUUCUACAUGAGGGAUAAUGAAGACAGCCCUCAGCACACAGUUGCUGCUGUUGAUCUUCUGGUUCCUGGAGUUGGAGAACUCUUUGGAGGAAGCCUCAGAGAGGAACGGUACCAUUUCUUAGAGCAGCGAUUGGCCAGAUCAGGACUGACAGAAUCCUACCAAUGGUAUCUGGACCUCCGUCAAUUUGGAUCUGUGCCACAUGGAGGUUUUGGGAUGGGAUUUGAACGCUAUCUGCAGUGCAUCUUGGGAAUUGACAAUAUCAAAGAUGUUAUCCCUUUUCCAAGGUUUACUCAUUCGUGUCUUUUGUAGCUGGAAGACUGGUUAAGGAAAACCAGCCAGAGGUUUUGAAUCAGGAAACUGUUGGGUCAGAUUCCUGCCAGAAAAUGUGCUGGAUGUUUGGUGUCUUGGAAGGGGUAUUAGACAUAGAGGGAGAAGACUCUGGUUUAUGUCUGACACUCUACUUACCAGCUGUGGAAGCUUGAGCAAGUUGUUUUAUCUCUGAGUUUGUAUACGCAUCUGCAAAAUGAGGAUAAUAUUUAACUUCGAGUGUUUUGAGAAACAAUGAAGACUAUGUGAAAGGGUUUCAUAAAUUGAAAACACGAUACAACUGUAAGGUCUCCUAAGAGAAUCCUUUUCAAAACUCAAAAAUCUGUAUGAACCAAGAUAUUUAUUGCAUGUUGAAUGAAAUAUUUUAUAGCCAUAAAAAUUAUGAGAAAAUGUGUUGAAAAAUUGUUAAAUUGUACUUUGCAAUUACAACAGUGUAAAAGCUAUGUACAUGGACUAGAAGUAUAUGGGGAAAAGAUGCAAUCAGCUGUUUCAGGACUGAGGAAUUGAGCAACUGUUCUUUAAAAAUCUUUUUGGCAUAUUCAGUUCAGUUCAGUUCAGUUCAGUAGAUUCACUGUGCCAGGUUCGGUUCUCAAUUCUGUGAAUAUAGAGAUAAAUAGAAUAUGCUCCCAUGUCUCAGGGACUCCCAUUUUGUAUAAUCUUUGUCAAAGCUUAUUAUGUAUAAUAAUCACCUGGGGAGGAGCUUAUUAAAAAUUCAGAUUAUCCUACUACUACCCUAGAAAGUCUGUUCCACCCUGAAAGGUCUAGGAUAGAAUAGCCCACAAUUAGCAUUCUUUAAACAGUCACCCUGAAUGAUUCUAGUAUAGGUGGUUUAAUUUCACACUGUGAGAAACCUUCAGUGAGGUUUUUAUGUUUUACAGUAAAAAGUAGUAAUUACACAAAUCUGCUCAUUGAAGAAUUUGAUUGUUCUGGCUGUGAAGGAUGGGAAAGCCCGCCUACAGAGUGAUAUUGCUCUGGCGCUCAUGCGGCACAGACCCUGCCCCAUCUCUUGACCUCUACCUCUUUGCCUCACUUCCUUUCUCUUCCACCACCUCUCCCAUGUUUUUUCUCUGUGCAUGUUUUUCUCUCCCACUCUGAUUCCUCCUAUGCCUGUAAUAUAGCAACAUCCAGGUGCUUCCCCUUCCUUUCAUCCACCCCUCCCCUCAAGCAGAUAUGUCAACUUUAUUGGAAAAAACAACCCAACUUACAUCUAGUUUACUAACUUGUACUGGGAGGCUCUUGUAUCUAGUUAAUGUUUCUCAGAAAACUUAGGAGUGGGCUAUUCAUGGGUCAACAGCCACAAGGGUACCACAUGUGGAACCUUUUGUGUCUUUCUUUUGACUGUCAUUUCACACUUAACUUUUUUCUAGUGGGUUAGCAGCCCUCAACGGUCCUGCCCUGCCUGUCGAGCUGCAGUGUGCCCUGCACCCUGACUGAGCACUGCUUGUCUCCACAUGCCUGUGAAUGGGCUUGGGUGGCUUUCUCAGGCUACACACCUGUCGACUCUCAGUCACCCAGAAUCAAAAUAUUAACUCUGAUCACACUGUCUGAGGCCAUAAGACUUUAUUGCAAGAGUGGUGACACUCCAAAAUGCAGCUAGGAUUUCUGCAUUUUCAUGUGUCUGUGUUUGUAUGAUUUGCACCUCAAAAUACCAAGGGUUGGCCAAGUGCUUCCAGACUCCCUCCCUCCUUUAUGCUCCAUCAGAACCAUAUGUAGAUACUGGCCAUUUUAUGUUGUCAUUCCUCUUCUCUGCCAGAAUGUGAGCUUCGUGAGAACAGGAGAGUGCAUUUAUCUUUGUAUGUCCAGUGCCUUGGAGAGUAUCUGGAACAUAGAGGGUACUCAUUAAAUAUCUCUUGAAUGAAUUAGGUACCAAAAAUUAGGUGUCCCCCCCCCAAAAAAAGGUAAGUGUGUCCAUCAGACAAAAGGAAAAUAUUCCUUAAAAAAUAAUUCCCAAACUGACUUCCCCCCAUAUGUCUCUAGAAUGUUUCAUAAAUUGAAUUUUUAAACUAGCCCUUUCAGCCUAAAAUCCAAGUCUGAAGCCAUUGCCUGAACACAGAACAAAAAGUCAGGGAUCAGAAAUAACUAUGAGUUCAACUAGUAAUUUGUCGUUGUAAGCUGUUACUGAAAGUGAGUUUCUGGGGCAACUCUCCAGCACUCUUCUGGAGUACAGUGACUUGGUAGACUUCUCAAGGACCUCUCCAUUCUAUUCAUCAUUACAUAACCAGCACCUAGCCAAGUUCCUUGCACAUCGUAGGUGCUCAGUAAAUAUUUGUUGAAUGAAUGUAUUUGAUUGAUGGGAGAAAUUCAGAAGAAAGUCCUAAGAUGAGUUUAGUUGGAGUUGCUCAUAUUUUCAGUUAAUGGUUUUCUCCACCUUGCUCUCUAAAUUUAGACAAGUUUCUUGCCUCAAAAUUGAAGGAGCUACUGCUUACAUCAUCUAAUUCAACAAACAUUAGGGGCUUCCUAGGUGGCGCAGUGGUUAAGAAUCCGCCUGCCAAUGCAGAGGUCACGGGUUCGAUCCCAGCUCCAGGAAGAUCCCACGUGCAGCGGAGCAACUAAGCCCGUGUGCCAAAAAAAAAACAAACAUUAAUUGAUGCCUACUCUGUGCCUUUCUCUGUGAGGCACCCAAAGUCAAGGAAAACCCUUACUGUUUGUCCACAUGUAGUUGGCUGAUAAUUUCUCUGUGCUCCCACAAGCCUUUGAACAUACAUCUGUUAUAGCGUUGCCCAACACUGUAGACAUCUGCUUACCUAUCUCUCUCCCCAGAAAGACCUUGAACUUCUUAAAACCCUGGUCUUAUUCAUCUCAGUAUUCCUAUACUGAACUUAUCGUAGCAGGUUCUCAGAAAAUCUUUAUUGAGAAUUGAAUAACAAGUACAUAAAUAAUCAUUCCGAAGUAAUAUAUGUAGGAAUAUAAACAUAUUUUGUACUUGAAUAGAGGUAUAUGCUCAUAAGUGUUUUCUGAGUUUCAAAUGAUAGAUACUGGGUAUGUCCUGAAAGAAACAAGAUUGGUGUUCAUGUCUCUGUUAAAUACCUUUCAAGGUAUCUAGUUAGUUAUCGAACCCAUCUUUCCUCUGAGAACUCCCCCACCUCUAUUCUAGCCAAGGAGAUCCCCAGCAGACGUAUUGGGAACAAGAGCUUCCCUUGCUGAUAGGACCAGGGGUGGAUACCUGAACCCAAAUGGACCAGUCUCAUUUUCUCUUAGAAAAUUGGGGUUGAGAACACUAGAGAGUCUGGACUGGUUGCUUGAACCAGGAACAUGUAGACUUAGGAGCUGUAAGAUAAACAUGCACCUUAAGAGACAGAGAAAGUCUGCAGAAAGAACUGAAGACAAAAUGCUCAGGGAUGAAAAACCAUAUGGCCUGAGAGAGACACACACACAUACAAACUGGCUCUCUAGUUCAUGCUAUAUUUAGUCCGUGUUUGCUGCCCUUCCUGAGGUCACAUUCAACUGUUUCUUGGAUUCCAUGGGAUAGACCCCUUCUUUUUUUUAACCAGUAAAUUCUCUGUUGGGGCUUAAGCAGAUUUAAAAUGGGUAUCUGCUUUUACAACUAAAAGAAGACAUUAGUAUAGUGUCCGACUUAAUAGGAUUUUUGUUACUCUUUAAGUCUCAUUACCUUUUCAUCACACGUAUUAUUCUAGAAUAUCUGUUGAUCAGAAAGUUAUUUAGGUGAGGAAUUCCUGAUAAAUAAGAUGCAGGAGAGUAAAGUGAUGGCUUCUUUGCUUUUCAAGUUUCUUGAUACCCUAAGUUGCAAAGCCAGAAAUGAAUGGAGACUUCUUUACAGAGGGGAUUGGAUACAUAUCAGACCUUUUUUGAACUACAAAAUUGGAUUAAAGAGGUUUUGAAGAACCAACACAUUUGGCAGCUUCCCAAGACAUCUAUUUUUGAAGAUUCUGCUUUCCAGAACUGUUUAGGAAUGGCUUUUGUCACGGACCUUAGCGUGUUUCAGACGAGCCAAAACUGAAAAGUGGGAAGAGACUAAAUGAGAAGGCGUGUGUGCCUAGAGUAGCCAAACCCUGCUGUUGGGCUGGCAUAAACACUGACGGCCAGAUCUCUCAAAGUAAGAUAAAGACUUUGUUCUUCAGAAACAGUUCCAAAUAUGAAGUUGAUGUCUGCCAACAUGUUUCCAACGACUCUAGGAAAAGAAAACAACAACAAGAAGUAAGUUUCCAGCUCUUUUCUCAGUGGACACUCUGGACCUUGGAGAAGCUUGCAUGUAAUUUACAGCUACUUUCUUUUUUUAGUUAAUUGUAUUAAAUGUGCCUCAUAACUUCUAGUCCCAGUGGGGCUGUCAUUUAGAAGGGGGCUAGGGGGAAGCUGUUUUAAUUCUGGCUUUUGUUUCAGCCACUCAAUGUAAUGCCACAUGAUUGUUGACCCAACAGUAAUCCAGUUAAAAAACAGUCUUCAGAGUUACAGCAUCAUCAAAAUUAACCCUGAUUACAUCAAAUUAUGUUGAAACAGACCACAGCUGUUUGCCCUGUUGAAGCAACUGCUUGAGAGCUCAUCCAGAAGAUACAUCUGGAUGUCAGGAAGAUACAUUUUGGGUUUUAUUUUGUUUCUUAACAUAAAUGGAGGAGGGAAACACACUGUUCUGCCCAGAGUGCUUGGUGGGAGCUGAAAACCUUGUGUUUCUUCAGAAUUAAUAAGCUUCUUAAUUCCAGAGGAGAAAAAAACCUGAGAUCUGUUUCAGUUUUCUAUGGGGAAGGAUAUAAGAAGGAAAUCCAAAUCUGUUGAGUAUUACUCUUGUCAGCAAAAAGAAGUGGAACUAACUACAGAGAAGGCCAGUGGGAUUUUCUGUGGAGGGCUGUAUGCAGUGGUGUCCUGGGCUGGCUCAUACCAGCCUGUGGGAAUGAAUGGAUUGUUAAGUUAUGGAAAAUUUUGCAAGCUGAUUGCUAAAGAAUAACAUUAAAAUUAAAUUGUAAUUAGAAGUGGAAAAUAACAGGUACUGGAGAAGAUGUGGACAGAGUGGAACCCUCAAACGUUGCUGCUGGGAUUGUAAAAUGGCAUAACCACUUUGGGAAAUAGUUAAGAGUUCUGUAAAGUUAACAAAGUCACAGUAUGAUUUAACAAUUCUGCUUCUAGGUAUAUAGCCAAGAGUAUGAAAACGCAGGUUCAUACAAAAACUUGUACACAAAUGUUCACAGCAACAUUAUUCAUAAUAGUCAAAAAGUGAAGACAACUGAAAUGUCCAUCAACUGAUGAAUGGAUAAAUAAAGUGUGGUACGUGGAUAUAAUGGAAUAUUAUUCAGCCAUAAAGAGGAAUGAAGAAAAACUGAUAUACGUACAACACGUAUGAACUUUGAAAACAUACAAAGGGAAACGUCAGACACAAAAGGCCAUAUAGUAUAUGAAUCUGAUGUGAAAUAUCCAGAAUUGGCAAAUCCAUAGAGACAGUAAAUUAGUGGUUUCCAGGGGAUGGGUUUGGGGGAAUGAGGAGUGACUGCUAAUGGACAUGGGGUUUCUUUUGGGGUGAUGGAAAUGUUUUGAAAUUAGCAGUGAUAGUUGCACAACUCAUGAAUAUACUAAAAACCACUGCAUUGUACACUUUAAAAGGGUGACAUUUAUGGUAUGGGAAUGAUACUUUAUUUUUAAAAUUCUCAUAUAAAUCUAGUUAAGUUAUAUAAAAACAAAGGGAAUAGCCAAAACUCAUCAGUUACUAAUU